CCUUCAUUCACUUGUGUAGCGGAUCACGGUAAUACUGAAAGCACUAUUUGCAAUGUCUCCUGCACGAGCACGGGCUCUUCUCGGGCUCCUGAUAACGCUCUGCUUCCAGAGCACACUACUGUCAGGUUCUAAGCCACUAUCGCCACGAAAUGUGAAGCUGACAUCUGUGGGCAAGGGGUUGAAGGUCACGUGGGAUCCACCAAGUGAGCUGGACGGGCGGCCGGUAGACAGCUACAGCAUCGGCUACGGGAAGUCCAUGAAGUCACUACGCUUUGUAAACGCAGACAAGGAAAGACGGUCCCAGAUACUAGAGGAUGUAGAGCCUGGAGUCCUGCAUUUUCUCAAGAUGAGUGCAGAGAAUAAGGACGGGAUGAGUAAACCUGUCUACAGGGCAGAGACUCCAGGAGGGGGAGAGUGGGUGAAACUGGAUGGCUUUGCUGUCGAGGCUUUUAACAAAUCUUCUCCAGGUAGGAUGGUGUCUAUAACUUCAUCACAAAUAAACCCACGGCCCCCAGCACAGAGAGCCCCCCAGUCAUCAUCAGGACCAGAACCCCCUCACCAAGUAGGUCACCUCCCUCUCAGGCUCCAAAACAAACACAGAGUGGAUCUCAGUCAGCACCAAGCCGACCAGCGUAACGCUAACAAGCCAAAAAUGGCGUCUGAGUCCGUCUAUGUGGUAUCACUGCAGGCACCCAGAGCCCAGGGCAGGAGCGCAUCUUUAAACACGGCAGGCUUGAGUAAAAAAGUAAACGCAGAACCAGAGGUUGUGGAUGAAGUAGAGGACAUAACAGUUAGAGUUUUAUCACCUCAGUCUGUCCUGAUCACAUGGGUUGACCCACUUGUUGAGAAGAGGAAGGAUAUUCCAGGGGGAACCAGGCAGUACACAGUAAAAUACAGAGAGAAAGGAGAAUCUGCACGAUGGGAAUACAAGGACACCCCGCAGAGGCGUCUCAUCAUUGAGACGCUCUCCUCGGACAGCAUGUAUGAGUUCUCCAUUCGAAUCGCACAAGGAAACCAUGAGGGGAAGUGGAGUGCAUCUGUGUUCCAGAGAACCCCUGAAUCAGCUCCCUCUGGCCCUCCAGAAAAUUUUCAGGUUAGCCCACUUAGAGGAAAAGGUACAGCUAUCAAGGCAACAUGGGAUCCACCUGAGCAAACUAAUGGACGACUAAGAGAGUACAUCCUUUCCUAUGCUCCGGCUAUGAAACCGUUUGGCGCAAAGUCAGUUACAUACCGUGGCACCACCACCUCUGCUACUAUAGAUGGACUCAUGCCAGGUGACCGCUACAUCUUCAAAAUCCGUGCGGUAAAUAGAAAGGGGCAAGGACCACAGACCAAAGCUUUUAUUGUUGCAAUGCCUGCAUCCGGUGCUACUGGAACAGAAGUCUCCACUCAGACAAGAGGAAUGGACAGCCAUAAGACUGACCAAAGCACUUCCAUGAUGUCAUCACACAAUGAAUCAGACAAUCAGGAGUCAGAAGAGAUUGAAGAGUCAGAUACUCAGACCACUCCAAACAUUCCAACUGAGGCUCCAACCACAAAUAGGCGAAGACGCCCUCUUUCCCAAACAAGGUCCUAUCACAGCAUCUUCUCAUCUGUAAGGGGUUCCGUCAGAAACGGAGGGACUAAUUCAAUGUCAAACUCACACUCAAACACGAAGGACAGAGAGGAAAAUACAGAUGAUGAAGAGAGACCAACUGAAAGUCCAACAGAUGAGGAGAUAAGAACAAAUGAAGCUACCGAGGACACACAGACCACCAACAAUGUUAAACCUCAAACAGAAGAUUUACCUGACAAUACAGAAUCAAUAAAAAGAUCUAACCAAUCACCUGGUACUGAAACUUUACUUUCAAAACCAUCCUCAAAUGACUCAGUUAAUAAAAAAACAGAGGACCAACGCUCUUCUUGGACACCUCGCACAUCAUCAAUCGUAGACAUCAGCCGAUUGAGAAGGCCUAAUUCUCGCACCCAUGGUUCUCGAUCAAGGACACGGAAUGGAGAUUCUUCAAACUCACAACACAACUCAGAGUAUGCAGCUACAAGAAAGGAUAUUACUGCAGUGUCCUACCCGGAAGGAAAGGACAACCAGAUAAGUGUGACUGACAGGAAGACUUCAGUGGUCUCACCUCAAGAAACCAGGCCUGAAUCAGUGCAAGAAUCAGCAUCUCCCCCAUCCACCUCUUCUUCCUCAGGAUCAUCAUCUUCAUCAACUUCAUCUUUGACUCCAUCAUCCCUACCUUCUUCUUCAGGUACAAAAAGGACUUCUUCCACAUCAAGUCGAUUCACAAAUUCAGGAACUGGUUCAAUGUACCCUAAUAGCAGAAGAGUUGGAACCAGAGUUCAGAGAGUUCAAACAGAACAGCACAAAACCGACUCAUCUACUUCUUCACAAUCCACACUGCAAGCAGAAACAAGGACUGACAGUGGUGAUGCAACAGAGGACCAUAAGCAAUAUCAUACCAGCCAAAAGAAGACAGAGAAAGACACAUCAAAGGAUAAACAGCCAACUGUUCAUGACCCAACCAAAAAACCCCAUUCCGAUACAACCAAAGAAGAAGAGAAGGAAAAUGAUAAUGACAGAGAAGAAAAACAGGAUAGUCAUGUGAAUUCUUCUCACACUUCUUCAAGGACUAACCCCUCCUCAAACGGACGAAGUUCAUCUUCUCAAUUACCUAGCCGGAAUUCUAGGAUUAAUUCAGGCAGUCGUAGACAAGAUGGGAGAAUACCAUGGAGUAGGACCGCCUCAUCUGUAGGUGCAGGAAGACCAAUUAUUCGUGGAAUUCCUUCACAUUCUAGUUCUUCAAGCUCUCAAGACACCAGUGAGAAAACCAAACUUUCCCCCACAACAAUACCCUCAAAGCAAAGGGUUGUCCCUGUCUCAAAUAAACCCAGUGUCCUUAACAGAGAAACAGUUUCAACAAACAUUGCAAAAAAUAGUCCCCAAAUUGGCAAUGAUCAUGAAGAUCAAUAUCUAUAUGAGCGGAGCAAAGAGACCUUUGACAGGCAAAACAAAGACAUUGUCCCAACUAUAGUACCUAAAACUACUACAACAGCUGUAACUAAAACUCAAAGACCUGUCCAGAACUUUGAGAAUGAAAGUGUGGAUAGGGGGAAAAAUACCACUAUCCCCAGUUCAAAGUCACCUCCCUCACUUCCCCAAAGAGUACCUGUUUUGGGAUCUAAUGGAAGGGUACGCUCAGCUGUGGUAGCAAGUCGGCUAAAAGGGUCACGGCUCCCUAGUAGGUUGUACCCGGUUCAACACAAAAGAGUGGCCACAAAAUUUGCUUCCUCGCCUGAUAUUGCAUCUUCUUCAACAUCCCAAAGCAGUCCAGCAGAAUCACCACUUAUUUUAGACAGGUUCACUCAAGGUUCAUCUUCUCGCUCCUCCGUUGGGCAGGUAUCUGUUGGUGAAAGCUUACCUGGGAAUAUAUCACCUCCAUCUCGAAAUCCAGUGGUGGGGUCAAGGCUGCGAUCAGUUUCAAAAGAAAACACUCCAGGCAAUGGCUACAAACCCAGUUAUGGAAAAGGCAAAAAUGGCCGGCCAAACCUGACAGCCGCAAAUGGCAAAAUAUCCUCAACGUCUGAUGAAAGCAUUAAACCAAAUGGAGUCAAACAUAUCACAGGUCCUGAUGGAACGAAAUGGGUAGUAGAUCUGCACAAGGGUGUUUUAAUGAAUGAAAAUGGACAGGUGCUUCAGGAUUCAAGAGGAAGACCCAGAAAAGUUGUCCUUGGAGAGGAUGGCAAAACUAUCUUUGAUGACCAAGGCAGCCCACUGGUAGACCAGGAAGGGCUAGCAUUAUUUGGAAAUGGAAGGCACAGUCGACCUGUGAUUAAUCCCAGCGACAAGUACCUUACCGUGGGAGGAAAGACAGUAGUGGGCCUAGACCCACCUAAACCCAUGACUACAACCACUACAACCACUACAACAACCACACUAGAACCCACAACAACAGAAACUGUAACAGAAACUUUGGAGCCAACAACAUUGGUUGCUGAGCCUACGUGUCCACCUGGACUGUACUCCCGACUGGAUUGGAACGGUUUCCCAAUAAUGGAUGGUGAUGGAAUACUAAACUGCUAUUCUGAAGAGGAACUUUUACUGGAGACCACAACAAUCCCAUUCCCCACAACGCAGCCCCCCGCUCUUGAGACAAGGCCAUUUAACAACACCCCUACCUCCGAGUUUGAUGUUGCUGGCAAGAAACGUUUCACAGCUCCAUAUGUAAACUACAUACGUAAGGACCCUGGAGCUCCCUGUUCCCUGACCGAGGCUCUGGAAUAUCUACAAGUGGAUGUUUUGGCGAACUUGAUGGAGAAAGAUCGACAGUCAACCAAUCAAAAGCAGCCACCCAAGAACAAACCCCAUAAUGUCACUGUGGUAGCUAUGGAGGGCUGUCACUCCUUUGUCAUCCUAGACUGGGCACGGCCACUGAAAGAUGACAUGGUAUCAGGCUACAUGGUGCACAGUGCAUCCUAUGACGACGUCCUCAAUAACAAGUGGUCAAAAGGGCUCUCAAACGGAACACACCUUCCAGUGGAAAACCUCAAGCCCAACUCCAGGUAUUACUUCAAAGUUCAAGCAAAAAACAUCUUUGGCCUGGGGCCUUUCAGUGAAACUUUAACAUAUGUCACAGAGUCAGAUGACCCCCUUCUCAUAGAAAGACCCCCAGGUGGGGAACCUAUCUGGAUCCCGUUUACAUUCAGGUAUAACCCCGCCCACAGUUCUUGUAAAGGAAGUCAGUUUGUCAAGCGCACAUGGUACAGGAAGUUUGUAGGUGUCGUUCUAUGCAACUCCCUGCGUUAUAAGAUCUUCAUGGGAGAUGGACUGAAAGAAACAUUCUACAGCAUCGGUGAUACAUUUGGCCAUGGAGAGGACCACUGCCAAUUUGUGGACUCUUAUUUAGGGGGGAGGACAGGACCACACAACCACUCUCUCCACCUACCCACAGCUCAAGGUUAUUAUCGUUCAUAUAGACAAGAGCCAGUGAAUUUUGGGGCCAUUGGCAAGCGCACACCACAUCCUUUCGUUGGCUGGUAUGAGUGUGGAGUCCCGAUCCCAGGAAAGUGGUAACAGAAUGAAACUCCAACAGGACAUUUCCACAAGCAAUCACAUUCCAUGCUAAUGUGUUUUCCCCCUAUAUAUACCAGCCAUUCGCAGAGAUGCUCACCAUGGCAAUCAAAUCCAAAUCAUAUAGCAACUGCUUCUGAUGGAAAGAAUAUAGUACUUUGAGUAUCACUAAUAUUUCUGCAUUAUGAUAUCAAGCACUUUUUAAAUCAGUCUGUAUAUGAGGAAAUUGCAGCAUGUGUAUUGAAAUUAUUCACUUUUAUUUUUCGUUAUGGAAAAUUGUAUGUAUUCAGUCAUUGUAAUUUUGUAAUUAUUUCACAUUCAAUUCCACCUGAAAUAUUUAUCUUACAGUCCCCUUAAAGAAUUUUGAGUUUUGGGUUACAUAAAUAUCAAAGCACAAAGCAAAAUGACUAAAAAUGAGUGAUAUUUGCUGAUAUUUUUAUAACUUGCCAAAUUUUUGUACACUUAUUUUACCAAAAAUUGGCAUGGAAAUAUUGCUCAUAUUAGGGCAGAUGGUAAAAAUAUUUGUAUUUGCUCAGGAACGGUUAAAAGUGUAAUAAAGGUGCUAUGG